AUAUAGAGAACAAAGAUUUGCAGAUGAACAGAAAUAUUAAUUGGCCUUCGAGCAAUAAUAUCCAUGAUCACACAAGACGGGAACCCAGAUUUCUAACUAGUCAGAUAUGGAUGAACCAGUUGGAAAACGACAUACAAGCGCAAGGAGUGGAAAUCGUUGAGAUUAAUUCCGCAGAUUCUUCUCAAUCGUCGAGUGAAGGCAAUCCUAAACUGCAUCCGUGGAGUUAUGCUAGUAAACUAAAUAGGGAGGAAAGCGAUAUCCCACAAGCCAGACCGAGAAACAUAAACGGUUUGGCGGAAAAUAACAGAUUCCAUAACGAAUUCGACGGUUCUCUUUAUUUCAACAACUGUAAAACCCCAGAUACUGCCGAAAUUGAGGCAUUUAACCAAACAUGCUUCAAUAUACUCGAUAAGCUUUCAGCGCUGAAAGUGGACAGUUCAAUCGAAGAUUUCGAUUCCAACGAGGCACGAGAUGACGAAAUGGAAGCCCGAUGGGACGGCGUAGAUAACGAAGAAUACGUCUUCAGUUCCGACUUAGACCAGGAUAAACGUACUAUAUGGAUUUAUUCGUUAAAAAAUAGGCGGAUUCUUUCAGAGGACAGCUACGAACUCGUCAAUAUCCGAAGCCGCGAGACUAUCUCCUCCGAAAUCGACAAAGAACUAGACACGAGCAAGUCAACUAGAGUAUCAAGCCCUAUCCCAACUACGCAUAUUCCGAGACUGGAUCUCUCGCUCGGUGCCACUUUACCCAACGUAACAGAAGUGACCGAACCCAAAUCAUCGGAAUCUUUAAACCGAAAAUACGUGCCUAUAAGACAGAAGCCGACCAACAACUGGUGUGUGGACAACUCAGAAAAGGCAAAUAAGGAUAAUGUUACUAAUAUAGUUAACUGGAUGGCGCUUUCGCCGAGAGAGAGACGUCACUCGCGGCACAUAAAUGCCCAGAAACAACUUCAAAUGGUUGUUGAAGUUCCUCAAGAUGAAGACAGAGUACAAGUUCCUAAAACUAAUUUUCCAGAUCCCGCGAUUUUCGAAGCGAAAUCAAAUCGCGAAGACAAGUUGGACAAAUCAGACGAAACAGACAUCAAGACACCUUCACAAAACGACUCCCAAAGAUCUUCGGCUAGUUCAAAAAGGGGGCAGUUCGUAGAUAAUGCAACCUAUUUAAUUUCACCAUUUGUGCGACGAGGCGAUCUUAACCCGUUUACGGAAAAUGAAAUGACUCUUAAAAUUAAAGCUUGGAGUGCAGUAGAUAACCGCCAAGCUAAGAAGCGUGAUAUCACAGUCAGCCAAUCUUUGCAGUCUCCCAUAAUGAAGCCAAUAGAAAAUCUCGAGAGCCACGAUUUGAUCGCCGAGUACGGACAAAAAGGUCACCUAGAUCGAAGAGUAAAAAGCGCCGGAGAUACGUAUAUGAUAAACAAUUUGUACUUGCCCAAUCCUCAGGAAUGGAAAACUUAUUUAUCUGUCCCUGCAACCAGACGGUCUAUAGAGCAGGGACCAGAGGUUGAGACCAACAAAACGUUACUUCAAAGUUGCGUCAGCUGCUUCGCAUGUUGUAAAUAA